AUGAGGAGGCUGAUGAUGGCGGGUCAGAAGCAGCUCUCGUCCUCUCCCACAGAAUCCUCUUUGAGCCGAGAUCCGGCCCCUGAGAGCCGGCUCCCACACAGACCGUCCACUCCAGGUCCACUCCAGGUCCACUCCAGGUCCACUCCAGCUUGUGCAAAAGUGCAAAAGUGGAGUUUGAAAAUGGACGGUUUGGAGAAGAUCGACUCAGAGCAGAAGACUGAGCCUCAGGUUUCAGCCAAAAUCACAGAUUCUACAGAAACAAAAGCACAACAAAACAAACGCAAAAGAGAAGAUGCGGAACCAGAGAGGCCGGGACCAGAGAGGACGGAACCAGAGAGGCCGGGACCAGAGAGGACGGAACCAGAAAGGACGGGACCAGAGAGGACUGAACCAGAGAGGACGGGACCAGAGAGGCCGGAACCAGAAAGGAAAAAAACAGGCGUGAGCGAGGUGAUAGUGAUACUUGAUGACGACGAUGAGAAGGAGUCCCCCUCCACGUCUGCUUCCACUCACGUUUUCAAAAUUCCAGAGAUCCCGUUCUGGAGGCGCAAUACUGUAAAGAGAGUGAAGACACCGCCCGCCAUUCAGCGUCAGAGACAUCCACAGCCGUUGUUCCCAGCCAAUCAGAUGGUGUUCUAUGAGACGAGGCAGUCGGUCUUCAUUCAGUCGGGUGAAGCCAAUAGAAGCAGACCUCUUCACCAGCAGAGGCACUCUCAGCCAUUGGCCAGUCACCUCCUGCCUCAGCAGCAAGCGGCCAAUCAGAGCUGUCCUCACAUCCCAUGCGCAGGAAUGCAGCAUGUCCGACCAACGGGCAGCCACCAAAACCAGGUGGUGCCUAAUGAGGUCCUGCUGCUGGUUCCCUCCGGUCAUCAGGGAGAACUCCAUCCACCGCCACUUCCUCAACUCAUCCCCCUGUACAGGGCCCCACAGACGGGAACUUUUGAUGGAGAGCGGAUGUGA